AUGGUUCAGGCCAACAUGUCCAAAAAGGAGGGUGACUACGAUCGCGCAUCUCUGCCACAACUCAGUGACGAUCAAUGGACAUCUCUUUUAAGCUUCCUUUCCUCUAAGAAACAAGAAACUAAUGAGAAGCUUAAUGGUAAGACAGAAAGUGGAGAAUUUAUCAUUGAUACAGGUGCAUCACAUCAUAUGACAUGGGAUAUUGAUCUUUUGAGUAAUGUUACAAAUAUUCCUGCCUGUCCUAUUGGAUUACCUGAUGGUGACUCCCCUCUUGCAUGGAAGACCAAGAAGCAAGAUACAGUCUCGUUUUCCUCGGCCGAAGCAGAGUAUCGCGCAAUGGCCUUUACUACUCGAGAACUCAAGUGGAAUCGUGAACUGUUAUCUUGUUUUGGCAUAUCACAUCCACAGGCUAUGCAUCUCUAUUGUGAUAACAAAGCCGCAUUGCACAUUGCUGCUAAUCCGGUAUUCCAUGAGCGCACAAAGCACAUCGAAAGAGAUUGCCACUAUAUUCGUGAUGAAAUUAUCAAGGGCUCGCUGACUACCUCUCAUGUUCGUACAACUGAGCAAUUGGCGGACAUUUUCACUAAAGCUUUGGGGUCUCAACAGUUUUCAUAUCUGAGGCGCAAGUUGGGCAUUCGAGAUCUACAUGCUCCAACUUGA